AUGCGUCUCCCAGCAGACAUCAUCCCGCUGGUGACGCUUUUCUUUCCAGAAUCGCCAUUGCUAUUCUCAAACUCGACGAAGUCCGCUCCUCAGUCGUCUCCAACCACGCCUUCAGCAUCGAUUACACCGAUCUCAACUCGGAUCGCCUCUUUAACCUCACCCGUAGUCCAAUCAGCAACCGCGUCCGCGACAGCAGCUGCGGUACCUGAGGCCAAGUUGCUGCUCAGCCAUGCUGGCGCAUUCGCCUCAUCUCUCCGGGCCACUUAUCCAGACCAGAGCCUCGCCCUCUUUGCCGAACCGAUCUGGUGGUGGCAAUCUGGAUCAGCUGUCGACGCACUUUUGACCUACACUUCGACAACGGGCGACUCUCAAUAUGAUAACCUCCUGUCGAACACGCUUAUCACCGAAGCCACAGCCACCAACGACUUCAUGACCGUUCAUGCGACCGGUAAUGAUGACCAAGCCUGGUGGGCGCUUGCAGCCCUCACAGCUGCAGAAACCAGUCUCGCUCCCACUGGCUCUGUGCCAUGGGUAACCCUCGCCCAGAACGUCUUCCAGGAGCAAACAGCCCGUUGGGACAACGACAAAUGCAACGGCGGCAUGAAGUGGAAGAUCCUCGAAGGUGAUGGAACAGAUGGGUGGCACUACAAGUCAACGAUUGCGAAUGGAUUGUUCUUCCAGAUGGCUACUCGACUUGCGCUGCUCACCUCAUCUGCGGAUAUCAAAGCUUGGGCAGUCAAGAGCUAUAACUGGACUGUCGGCGUUGGUCUGAUUAGCCCAGACUUCGAUGUGUACGAUGGUACGGACGAUGCGAAGGGCGAGAAUGGCUGCGUAGACGUGAACCACGAUAUGUGGAGCUACAACGUCGGUGUCUUCAUGUACGGAUCAGCAGUCAUGGCGAAACUGACUGGUGAAGAGGAGUGGCUGGAGAGAACCAAGGGAUUUAUCGCUUCCGCGAAACGCAACUUUGUCAACGAGGAGACCGGCGAGCUGUGGGAGGCGAAGUGUGAGGCAGAUGGCAGCUGUGACUCUGAUCAGGUCAGUUUCAAGGGGACAUUGGCAAGGUGGCUUGGUGCUACUGCGGAAUUGCUCCCGGAUCUGAGGGAGAGCAUUGGGGCGAUCAUGGAUGGUGCUAGCAGCAUGGCAACGGCGGGGACGACUGAAGGUCUGGGGGCCAUCUCGUCAUUCAAUCAGCUCGAGAUUGUAGAUGCUGGGCUGAGGCUACAAGGUGUUGGCGGAAAAGAGGGAACGAUUGGUACGAAGAGAAACACACGGAUUGUUGCAGGCAGGAUACGGUGGUAG